AGAAAUUAAGGGGGUAAUAUGAAAAUUAGAAAUGUAUCGUAACUUGUAUGAGCGUUGGUUGGACUCAAAAGGUAAAGUUGUUAAAAGUACUUUUCUAACUAACUCUUCCAUUUUCGAACCUUACAACUUCCAAAGGCUUUGGAGUUUUCAUCUUCAACGUUAUCAGCAGAAUGGCAACAACUGAUUGGCAUUGUGAGAAAAGACUCAGUUUAACGAAUGAAUCUCCUCAAUCGGUAGAUAAUGAAAAUGGACCUGAAACUGGAUCACUCUCAAUUGUUGUGCUUGGUGCUUCUGGUGAUCUUGCUAAGAAGAAGACAUUUCCAGCACUUUUCAACCUGUACAAGCAGGAAUUCCUACUUGAAACUGAAGUUUGUAUUUUUGGCUAUGCAAGAACAAAAAUAUCUGAUGAAGAAUUGAGAAACCGCUUACGUGGCUAUCUUAUUAAGGACAAAGAUGCUUCCUCUGAACAGUUGGAGGCUGUAUCAAAGUUUUUGCAACUGAUCAAAUAUGUAAGUGGCUCAUAUGAUUCUGCGGAUGAUUUCCGUUUGUUGGAUAAAGAGAUUUCCAAGCAUGAAUCUGAAACAAACACUGCAGAGGGCUCUUCUCGGCGCCUUUUCUAUCUUGCACUUCCUCCUUCGGUGUAUCCAUCGGUUUCCAAGAUGAUCAAGACUAAUUGCAUGAAUAAAUCUGAUCUCGGUGGGUGGACACGUGUAGUUGUUGAGAAGCCUUUUGGUAAGGAUCUGGAAUCUGCAGAGCAACUCAGCACUCAAAUUGGAGGGUUGUUUGAAGAACCCCAAAUUUAUCGUAUUGAUCACUACUUGGGAAAGGAGUUAGUACAGAACAUGUUGGUACUUCGUUUUGCAAAUCGCUUGUUCUUGCCUCUAUGGAAUCGCGACAAUAUUGCUAAUGUGCAGAUAGUUUUCAGAGAAGAUUUUGGAACUGAAGGUCGGGGUGGAUAUUUCGACCAAUACGGAAUCAUCCGGGAUAUCAUUCAAAACCAUCUGCUACAGAUAUUUUGCUUGGUUGCUAUGGAAAAGCCUGUUUCUCUCAGGCCUGAGCACAUCCGGGAUGAGAAAGUGAAGGUUCUUCAAUCCGUACUUCCUAUUAAAGACAAUGAGGUUGUUCUUGGACAGUAUGAGGGCUAUAGAGAUGAUCCAACUGUACCUGACAAUUCCAACACUCCAACUUUUGCAUCUGUUAUUCUGCGAGUACACAACGAAAGAUGGGAGGGUGUUCCUUUCAUACUUAAAGCAGGGAAAGCCCUAGGAUCAAGAAAAGCAGACAUACGGAUUCAGUUCAAGGAUGUUCCUGGUGAUAUUUUCAAGUGUCAGAAGCAGGGUAGAAAUGAGUUUGUUAUACGCCUGCAACCUUCCGAAGCUAUGUACAUGAAACUUACGGUCAAGCAACCUGGUCUGGAGAUGUCAACUGCUCAAAGUGAACUUGAUUUGUCAUACAUACAACGCUACCAGGGGGUAGCCAUACCAGAGGCCUAUGAGCGUCUAAUUCUUGACACAAUUAGAGGUGAUCAACAACAUUUUGUUCGCCGAGACGAGUUAAAGGCAUCUUGGGAGAUCUUUACACCACUUUUGCACAGAAUCGAUAAGGGUGAACUCAAAUCAAUCCCUUACAAAUCUGGAAGCAGAGGUCCUGCAGAAGCUGAUGAAUUGCUCGAAAAAGCUGGAUAUGUUCAAACACACGGUUAUAUAUGGAUCCCUCCUACUCUGUCUCCUACUCUCUAAAAAGAUCGGCGUCUUCAUACACUGCACGACAAUUUUCAGUUGCUUAUACUCAAUAAACUCGAGAAGAUUACAUUGGAACUGUGACUUUCUCAGACAAGGUUAAUUAUUUGCAUUAAGCUUUCAAAAUAAUAUGUCAGUGAUUGCAAAAGAAAUGGAAAAUAAAGUUCAUUCCUCUUUUGUAUAGUUUAUCUUCAUUUUCUCUUUGAUUGUAAAAGCAAUGAAUACAUAAACACUUAUUUCAUAUGAUCUUAUUAAACGAGUUCUUAAUUAAA